AUGGAACUAUUACAGUUGGGGAAGAAAUCCCGAAAGCUUGGAUUAACAAUCAACAAGAAUCUUCAUCGAGAUGAAUAUGGCAUGGAAGACAUCGAGGAGUUUUUUGCUGAUGACACACAGGCACAAAUCGUACUUCAAGAACAAGAAGAUAGAGUGCUACGGCAAGGAGAAAUUUACAAGUCACCCACAUCGUAUAACACAGCAAGUGGGGGAGGGGAACGUGGCAGCGGUGGUGUUGGUGCUGGUCGUCGGGUGAUACCGAAUAUAUCACAUUAUGACCUUGAACAAGUGGCUGAAGAUGUACCCCCAUAUGAUUCCGGGUUCGAUUUGGAAGACGUUAAUGAUGACUUAUUGGAGCAAGAAGAUCAGUCACCUUUCAAUUACGUGGCAAGAAAGAUUGAUUUUGAUUAUGGUGCUGAAGAGUCAAGUGGAGCCAGAGGAAACAAAACUAGUGAAAGAGAUGCACAUGGAGUCAACCAAUCAAUAGGAACCAAUAAACAGUCUCCAUUGAGAUCACCAUUACCAGAGCAACGGCAGUCAAGUGCAAUAACUGGUGCUUCCCAGGUAAAUGAUUUUCUCGAAGAAGAAGAAGACGACUAUAACUAUGACUAUGACUAUGGCCAGCACGACAAUAAUGAUGGCUUUUACCAAAACCAGGAUCAGUAUCUGGAUCAACUUGAAGCUAUUGGUCCGGCUUCAAGACAACACAAUUUACGUCUGCGCUCACAAUCACUAGAACCAGAGCCGUUACGUUCAGGUCGAGGUACAGAAGGCGUUCGAUCGAGAAGACGGACUGAACAGAGGCGUAAAAGGCGAAAUAGUCUUCUGGAACUGGAAGAAAGUACACAAGCUUCCGUCUCUGCAUUUAACGAAGAUACUAAAGACACGGAUGAGGACAAUGCUACUGAAAUCAGCGAUGCAGUUGACUCAACCGCCACUGACCUAUUCGUCCGGUCAUCAUCAUCCACAGAGCCCAGUCAGAUUCAAGGUGGAAAACAAAGUACUAGAUCGCGAGUGUCAAGAGCAAAAGCGAAUGUAUCACCUACUACAUACAUCACUGAAGUACCUUCUUUGCCGUCCCCACCACCAGAUGGAUUACGAAGAUCAAAACGUAUUAGAGUUAAGCCUUUGGCAUUUUGGCGUAAUGAGCGAAUCAUAUUCACCAAGCCUCAUCAAACGCGGCCAGAUGAAGACGAAGAAGAAGAAGAAGAUGACGACGAACCUGAUAUGACUAUUGUGAGAGAUAUCCAUAAACUACCAUUGAGAUCAAUUGCUGAGGUUGUUCAUGUACCUGACACUGCACAAAUAUUAACGCGUCACAAUCGCCGCAACACAAGACGAAAACCAGUUGAUGCACCUAUAUCACCGCUCAGUGCCGAUGAGCAUGAUCAAGAAGAACAAGAAAUUUUGAAUGCAGAGUUACCUGGGACAUCCUGGUACAAGGAUAAAGUGUUGAAGAUAGAUGUACCAGAAAAUGGUCAAUUUGUGGAGCGGUCAAUUGCAUAUAGCUCACAAUAUGGUGAUUUCCAAUCAAAAUCUAUUGUCAAUGAGGAUGGAACUACUUCGGAAGAUCCUAAUUUGAAGAUUGCUACGUUAUUCAAUGAUGACCUACAGAAUUGUGCCGUGGGAGUGAUUGAAUUGAGUGGAGUUAAACCACCAACGAAAAUUACCUUCAGUACUUACUAUCUACUCGUGGUCAAGGGAAUUGUUGAAUUUACUUUUAAUGAAGAGACAUUUGUGGCAAACAAAGGAUGCAACAUAUGCAUCCCACUGGGGAAUGAGUAUGGGUUGAGAAACUUGGGCAAAGAACCUGCACUUAUACAUUUUGUUCAGGUCAGAAGACCAGAAACAGAGCAAGAUGAAGAUGACGCUGGUGAUGCAGGUAGGAAAAGUAGGGACGAAGAUGAUAGUUGGUGA